AUGUUCAUCGUAGCUGAUAGGAGAGGCGGUCUGACUAAAGAGCAGACGCUAGAGACGAUAUUCGAUUUUGUUCCAGGAAGUUCAGUAGGGGGAGCAGGAGCACCGCGAGCAACAGCAGCACCAAGGAGGCAAACAACUGGCCAUGGCUCUUCCUCCUCUUUGUCAUUCUCCGCGCCACCCACCAGCGUUCCUCAUUCCGCCUCCCGCGCGGUCUCCCUUCCCCAGCUCUCCAACACCACCUUAGUUUCACCUCCUGCUUCCUCGACGGAUUUCGCUCCCACUGUCGAAAAGCCCGUUCAGGCUUUGACGGAUUUCGUUGCCACUUCAACAGAUUCCGUUAUCGCGUGCACAGACUCCGUUCGCACCUCGUUUGAUUCAUUUCUCUUGCAUGCAUCCUACCCUGAAUCAGCAGUACAAGCAGAUUUCCCUCAGAAUGGAACACCCGAGUCGCAGCAGCAACGAGCUUCCUCAUCUCCCGACUCAGCCGAUUCCGGCUCGUUCCGAUUCGCCAUUUCGCCAGCGCUCGCCAAUCUAAGCCAUCCGUUAUCCCCUUCUCUCAGCUCACCAGCGGCCGAGAUUAUCCCGUCACCCGCUCCCUUCGGUCCCGCCGUUUCUGAUACAUACGGCCCAUACCUUCCGCCUCCCGUCGAGCUAGGCCCUGCCGUAACCACCACCCUAGGCUUUUCUAGGUCUCACUCUUCCCCAGCCAAGUGCGAACUUAGCGAAGACAUUCGCGAAGCGGUUGCGACAGCUGACGAAAAUGGCGAUUCGUUCGUUGAGCCGCGUCAGGUUACAGAACCUCAGGUCCCUGGUAACAACCCGAGCGACCAAUCAAAGGGAGUUUCCCAGCUUUCAGGAGGCUUGGGGGAAGCGGAGUCGGGAAUGAGUGACGGGGGGGAUGCGGGGAGGGGGAGAGCUGGUCGGCGGUGCUGCGCCGCGGCAAGGCGGAGACUGGACUGGGGGGAAGCGGCGGACGACCGUUCCGCCAGUGGAGGGGGAGCGGGCGGAAAGUCUGCUGGCGGAACGGGGGAGGACCAUGGGGAGGCGCGGACGGCGGAGCGACCGGCGGAAGGAUCGGAAAAAGGCCAGGAGACGGCGCCGGAAGUCGCGGUUUUAGUGCGGAGCAAGAAGCGGAGAUCGGUACACGUGGCAGCUCGGGAGGGGGACGUGGAGGCGCUGCGGGAUGCGCUUGCUGUCAGGCCUGGUGCUAUCAACGAGAGGCAACUGCCGGUGUGUCAGACGCCUCUCCAUUUCGCCGUGGCGGAGGGGCACCUCGAGGCUCUCCGCUUUCUGCUGGAGUGGAGGGGGCAGUGCGGCGGAGCAGAAGUGAAAGCAGACGUGGAAGCGCGGAACAUGUUCGGCGAGACCCCAGUGCACGUGGCGGCCAAGAGCAGCAACGCGGACGCCAUUCAGCUGCUGAUACAAGCAGGCGCACGGGCGGACGUUGCUGCCACAGUAAGCCUCCUUUCCGCUCAUCCUCAUCGCAACUUUGUAACCUCAACCUUCAUGUCACCUUUUGCAUGCCCUUACGCUUGCUGCAGCAUUCAUCCCUCUGUCUAUAGUACUCUAUUUUCGGUGGCGGUGCUUCUGCUAGAAGCCAAUGCAGACCCGUGUGGUGUGGAUAAGGACGGCAACACUCCAAUGGCGCUGCUUCCCAGCAGAGCCGCGCGGUGCUCUGUGUGUCGGGAGGUGCAGGCUCUGCUGCAGCGACACAUCAGCAGGCGAACAAGGCUGCAGGCUGAAUUGGCCGUGCACGGAGCAAAGCUGGUAAUGGAUCAGCUUGAAAAGGAGCUAUCCUCGUUAGUAGGCCUCCACUCGUUAAAGCAGCAGCUAAGGACAUGGGGAAAGGGUCUCCUACUAGACCAAAGGCGCCGGGCACUUGGGCUGCCCGUGCCUCCCCGCCGCGCCCCACACAUGGCUUUUUUGGGCAGCCCGGGCACCGGAAAAACAACCGUGGCGCGGGUGCUUGCCCGGAUGCUGGCGCUGGUGGGUGUUUUACCCUUGAAUAAGGUCAUAGAGGUGCAAAGAACGGACCUGGUAGGGGAAUAUGUGGGGCAUACGGGUCCGAAAACGAGGAGAAAGAUUGAGGAAGCAGAGGGAGGGAUAUUGUUUGUAGAUGAGGCUUAUAGGCUCAUGCCGUGUCAGAGGAGUGAGGAGAAGGAUUAUGGGAUAGAGGCUUUGGAGGAGAUUAUGACUGUGAUGGAUUCGGGGAAACUGGUGGUGAUUUUUGCGGGGUAUGCCGAGCCGAUGCAGCGGGUUUUCGAGGCUAAUGAGGGGUUUAAGAGGAGGGUGACGAAGUGUUUUACUUUUGAUGAUUUGAGCCCGAGGGAGAUUGCGAGGGUUAUGCUGCUGAAGAUGGGGUAUGGUCAGAGGAGGGAGCAGGAGACGAGGGAUGUUCAGAGGGAGGAGCAGGGGAGGUUGGGUGCUCAGGUCGGGGAGCAGGGGAGGUUGGGUGCUCAGGUCGGGGAGCAGGGGAGGUUGGGUGCUCAGGUCGGGGAGCAGGGGAGGUUGGGUGCUCAGGUCGGGGAGCAGGGGAGGUUGGGUGCUCAGGUCGGGGAGCAGGGGAGGUUGGGUGCUCAGGUCGGGGAGCAGGGGAGGUUGGGUGCUCAGGUCGGGGAGCAGGGGAGGUUGGGUGCUCAGGUCGGGGAGCAGGGGAGGUUGGGUGCUCAGGUCGGGGAGCAGGGGAGGUUGGGUGCUCAGGUCGGGGAGCAGGGGAGGUUGGGUGCUCAGGUCGGGGAGCAGGGGAGGCGGGAUGGUGAGGAGAAAGCGCGUUUUGGGAAUCUUCAUACUGUGGAGGAGGACUCGGCACGAGGGAGGUUUGUUGGUGGGGCGGAUGGAGCAGACGCAUCAAGUAGUGAGGGUGCAACUGGAGGAACGAAGGGGGGAGGAGACGACACCGCAGGGAAAGCAGCAGGAAGGAGGGGCGGGUCAAAAGAAGGGGACAGGGCAGGACGAGGACUACAAGGAGUGGAAGCGGGGAGGCGGCCAGUUGAAGUGAUAGUGGGCGGAAAAAGUGAUAGUGGAGUGGGGUAUGUAGAUGGAAGCACUGGCAGUGGCAUCGGCAGUGGGAGUGGGAGCAAGGAGGGAGUGAGUGAAGGUGGAGAUGACACGGAUAUGUCUCCCCUCACUGGUUUCAGGCUGCACCCUUCGUGCUCGGAAGAAGCGUUGGCAGAGGCGAUAAUUGCACACACGACAGCGAAGCAGCGCAGGGAGAGAAACGGCGGCAUGGCAGUGCCUGUGCUGCUGGAUGCCCGGGACCAUCUGGACUUGAGGCUUCCCCUCGACUGCUGCUGUGCAGAGGAGCUCAUGACCAUCCACAUGCAUGACAUUGAAGCUGCAUUAGGGAUGCUGCCACCAUGA